UUCAAUUUUCGAUAAACACUGCUGCGGAGAGAAGCUGUUCUCGCGUUAAUUGCGUUUCAAGAUUUCCCGCGGAAAACAGCAACAGGUUAGAGUUACAUACCGGGUUAUAUAUUGCCGAAAUAAUGCGUGUGACAGUAGUGGGCGCCGGUGUGAUCGGCAUGACAAGUGCGUUGGCGGUGAAAACCAAUUUUCCGCAAUUCGAGGUGCACGUAAUUUCCGAUGAAUUUUCGCCAGCAACCACCGCCGACGGAAGUGCCGGCCUGUGGUCCCCUUAUCUCCUCGGAAAUACACCUUCUGACAAAAUACUGCGAUGGGGUGAUAUCACGCAUCGAUGGUUGGAAAAAUUUUGGAAAGCAGGCUUGGCCCCUGAAAUCGGACUCUCCUUAGUACCGGUAUAUCGCGUCACCAGCGAUCCCGAUGGUUUUCCUGAUAUUUCAACCUGGACGAAGACAGUGUACGGGGCACGUAAAUUAAGUUUCAACGAAUUGGAGAAACUCAACGCAGAGUGUAAAACUACUUACAAACACGGAUGGAUGUUCCUAACGUAUACCGUCGAGCCGGUUCGUUUGCUGCCUUGGCUAACGAGACAGUUCCUUGAGGCAGGCGGGGAUCUUCGAAACAGAAAAAUUCACACGCUGAACGAGUUGAUCGACGACGACGGAUACGAUUUGAUAAUAAAUUGUACUGGCCUCGGUGCACGUGAACUCGCGGGUGAUAAUACCGUCAAGUGUAUCAGAGGUCAAGUUGCCAGGGUGCGGGCACCGUGGAUAAUGCACGCGCAUUUGGCAGACGACGACGACGGGAACUAUAUAAUACCGAACACUGAUAGCGUGGUGUUGGGCGGCACGCACCAAGAGAAUGAUUUCGAUCGCACGCCACGAAAGGAAGACUCCGAAUUUAUUUACAAUGGAUGUCACCGAAUUUUACCUGGUCUCAAAAACGCCGAAGUAACGGAAGAGUGGGUCGGCCUUAGACCUGGACGGCACCAAGUUCGCAUCGAGGCUGAAGCUUGCAAGUCUCCCAAAGGCAGAGAAGUCACGGUGAUACACAAUUACGGACACGGGGGAAGCGGCGUGACGUUAUCCUGGGGUUCAGCUAUGAACGUUGUGAACAUUGUCGAGAGCUUGAUGAACUUGAAGUCAAACCUGUAAACACUUAUCUCAGAUAAGCGAAUAGUAAUAAAAGAUUG